CUCAACCCUGUGUGGACAGCGUCGUAAUUUAGAAUAAUAAUUUCUUUAGCUUUGAUUCUUAAUCUUUGAUAUUUAUUAUAGGCACUUUAUAUAAAACCAUAUUCGAAGUACACUGUACAACGUUUAAGUUCAGUUGACAUUUUACCGUUUUAUUACAUCAGCAAAAAUUAAGAAAACGAAUUUGCACUGACAUUGUGGAAUCUGGAAACAAAACAAAAUGGAAGAGGACAAAGAGCUGAAAAAUGUCAAGUCCAUGCUGAGGUCAGUGUUGAUGAGCAGCAAGGAUGGAGUGCCUGCCUAUCAGGUGCAGAGAGAUUACAAGGAAAUUGUUGGAGAAUUUAUUCCCUUCAAAAAAUUUGGACAUUCAUCAUUUGAAAAUUUCAUUGUAUCGAUUCCAGAUGUUGUGAUAAUAGACAGACGGGGAGGGGAGGUAAUCCUGAAGGCAAGAGCAGACGAGGCCACUUCCCAUGUGCAGAAACUGAUCUCAAAACAGCGGGGAAAGAAACUCAAGAAGCCAGCAAGGAGACCUAGAGGUGGAGGGGCGGGGCAGUACCUCUCUAGGGGUGGGGGUCGAGCCCCUCCCAGGGGAAGGCCGUAUGUCUACCCAACCACACCCAUACACAGACACGGCAUGCCCAGCUUCCUCCCACAGACACCAUCGCCUCAAAAGUUCUUCAGGAUGCCAAUUCUCCAUACUGAUUUGAGAAUCCAUGUGGGUAACUCCAGUGUUGGUACCAGGACAGUUGCAGUGAACAGACUGCUCAACACUGCCAUGACACAGGCAGCCAGGGAUACUGCCUCAUUCUCAAGACCUGGUGUUGGAGGCGGGAGGUCAAAUCUGCCACCUAGAUUCCGUAAGCAGUUGGAUCUGGCAGGUCAAGGUCAAGGUCACAGUCAGACUACGCCUUUUAGACGCUCGCCACCUAGAGGUCCAGAAUUUGCAAAAUUGGACAACGCCCAAGGAUAUGUUGAUGCUCUGAAGAAGUACCUUGAAGACACAUGUCAGACAAUGAAACACACCACACUCAAAUCAGGCAACGGUUACGUGUGCAGCCUUGAGAUUAACAGACGCACAUUCGGCAGUGAAGACAUUUUCCAGACAGCUCUGGAGGCAGAGGGUGCAGCCGCUAAAAGGGCACUGAUUGUCCUUGAAGUAAAAAGCCCAACAGACUGGAAGGGAGAGAUCGACUGGAAUGCCCCCAGCAUAAGGGGAGGUAACAAACACAUUGGAAGCUGGGCACAGGAAGUCAGUAAAGAGGAUAGCUUGACUGUAUUACCCCCGGAACAAAUUCAAAUGAUAAAGCUAAGAGUCAAAGAGAUAUUGAAGAAUAAGAAGAACGGCCUAUGGGCCACUGUGAUACCACAUUUCUACAUGGAAACAUAUAAAGAAGAGGCCCCCAAGGACCUGGGUACCCUGCUGAAGUCAUGGACUGACAUUGCCUAUGUAGAAAUGUUGCAAAACACAGAUCGGGAGAUUGUGUAUCCAAUUCUUGUUGACGAAAACAUGAAUGCUGAGCGACCUAAGCUCAAGUCAGUAGUGAUCAAAGUAGAGAAGGACCCCUAUAAAUCCGAGGAAAAGUCUAAAAUGAAAUCUGUUGUUAUCAAAAUUGAAAAGUCACUAACCAUCCCCCGUGUGUUGCUGAUUGAUGCGGACACAACCCAGGUCACCCUGUACACCACAUUUGUUGACCACCCCGGCUGCUUCUACUGCCAACGUGAGGACAGUAUCAUAGACACCAUUAGUCAGGCCCUGCAAGCCCACUGUAAGGUGGCAGGAGCUGUAGACGCAAAGUCUUUGAAGAAGGGGCAGUUCUGUGCGGGGUUGUUUAGUGGGGACGGAAUGUGGACACGGGCCGAGAUUCUGGAGGUCAAAGAUAAUGGUAUGUUAGAGCUGCUGUUUGUUGACUAUGGCAACACAGAUGAUGUCAAGGUUGAGGACAUCCGAUGGUUGUCCCCGGAAACAGCCCAGUUUCCCCCGCAGGCCAUUAACUGCUGCCUCUACGGCAUUGAACCUUUACAGGGAGAAACUGCAUGGAGUUCUAAGGCGACUGAAUUGUUUGAGGAGUUAGUGGGAGAAGAAGCACUUGUGGGAUUCACUAAAACUAUUUAUGAGGAGGACUUAUUGGUUGAGUUUGAGUUAUUCCUGAAAUCUGACAUGUCGCAGAGUAUCAACAACAAACUGGUGCAAGCCGAAGUGGCCUACAUGUGCUGCCCUGACCUACAAACAGUUGCCAACGAAGACGAUUUUCACCCUGAUGACAUCACGCUGCCAGACGAGAAUGAAUGGGAUGUUCACGUGACCUUCCUCAGCUCAUCAACUGACUCUGUCAUGCUUCGACUGGUCGGUGAUAACUACAGCGACAAACUGGUCGCCUUCCAGUCUGUGCUGCAGGAGGCAUUCAAAGACAGCUGUGAGGAAACACCAUUGCAGGAGAACGUUACCUAUGUCGCCCUUGACGACGACCUUUACCAUAGGGUCAGGGUCAUCUCUAAGGGAGAGCAGAAGGUCUCCUGUUAUUUCCUGGACAAUGGUGAUACAGAUGAUUUCCUACCUGAACAACUGCAUGUACUGGAUCCAAAAAUCAACAAAAUGUUGCCAUAUCAGGCAGUAGAAGUACGUCUGUACGGCCUAGAUGACGUGUGCACCAACAUUACUACCCUCGAUAGUCUGGUGGAAUUGGCCAUAGGGAAGACCCUUGUAGCUGAAGUCAUUGAACGAGACGAAAUUCCCUCUGUAGUCCUGUAUGAUACCUCAGGGGAUGUUGAUAUAAACAUCAAUGAAACCAUUUUGCGCACUAUCGAAUCUGAAGGAGGCGGUAUCGAUACUCCAAGGACAGUUUCUCCAAGUCCAAAGAACUCUGCAACUGCUACACCCACUAGCGUGCUCUCUCCUGUUCCAAAUAUAGACACAAAAAUUGAUGAAUCCAAGAACCGUAACCCUGCCAUAAAUGAUGUUGCAAGUGCAAAGUCUGUUCAGAAAUUGACUGUGAAUGCUCAAGAUAUAAAAUCCUUGGACAGUGAUAUAAAAAGUUUGAGAUUAGCAAAUGGGAGCAUGGAUCAAGAAAAUAACAAUUUACAGCAGCCCAGUGAAAAUUUGAAGAGGGCUAUUACAAAAAAUCCAGCCAAGAUGGAUCAAAGUGAACUUAAACAGUUUAAAAUGCCAGAUGUUGGGGAAUAUUUUGAUGUUCACAUCAACUUUGUGAAUGACCCUCACAAUUUUGUAUGUAUACCAUACAAUGAAAUGGGCAGACUCAAUAAGUUGCUGGUAGAUAUGCUGAAGUUUUAUCCAGAGUAUAAUGCUGCCCAGCUCAGUAGAGAUGAAAUCCAAGUUGGUAAGGUGUAUGCUGGUGUGAUUGACAAGAUAUGGUACCGUGUGAGAGCUGCAAGAAUUCUAGGGGAAGAUCUAGUGUCCGUGUACAAAGUGGACAUUGGUGAGCAUGCAGCCAUCUCAGUAUCUAGCCUCAAGCCACUGUUGCCCCAGUAUACGGCUCUACCCAUGAUGGCCCUGAAUGCCCGCCUUGGCAGCAUACAGUCUUCCACCCACAACUGGCUUGAAGCUGCCAAGUACAAGUUUAUUGAGCUAGCGCAGGGACAUGACCUUGUAGCGUUAGUACGGGGUUUAGACUCUGCCUCUGGAAUCGCUGAUUUGCGUCUAAUCGAUACCUCAAGUGAAAAGUUUGACAUUUGUAUUGACGAGGUGCUUGUUCGAUUUGGCUACGCAACUUUGGUUUGAUGUGGGCCUCAAAGUUAGACAGAUGUGUCUUUCAUGUAGAUUUGUUGGCAUCAUUCUGAAAUGAACUGUUAAAAGUCCAUAAACACUCAAAAUCAAUGAAUAUUUUGUACAAGAUUUUGAAAAAACAAGUUAACACAUAACAAAUCAAUGUUCCUUAUAACAAUAGCAAACAUUUUAACGUUAAAUAGGGUCUUGUAACAUUGAUUUAACGCGAUACAAAAUGCUGGUUUUUAUUUUUUUGUGUCACAAUAUAUUAAUUAACGGCUACGAUAUUCGAACAUUUAUGAGUGAACGCAAGAUUGGCUAAGCAAGAAUGACGUAGUUCUCAUGAAUAUGUCGUGUUUGCUUGUAAAUGUUCGGAUAUUGUGCAGGGAAAUUAACAUGGAAUAUAUUGUCGCACAAAAAAUAAAAACAAGCAUUUUGUAUCUCGUUAACUCUAUGUUACUAGACCACCACAAGCUUUGAAAUUUUGGCUAUGGAUUUACUUUAUUUUACAAAAUAUUUUGCGAAAUAUUUGUUUAUCUUGAGUAUUUAUGUUACUUUAAGCCCGAGUAAAGUUUUAAGAGCAUUAUUUCAAUGAAGUAUAUUGGUAUUGUUCGUUUGUACAACAAUUAUGACGAUCUUGUUUUAUUCAAUUAAUCGAACUUUUGUUGAAAUGUUGUCUCUAAGUGUAAGUUGUUAAAUUAUCUGAAAACCUCAAAAUUAUAACCUUGUUAAUGUUUUGUUCUUUAUGUGUUUGUUAUGCCAUUCGUUUAAGGCUUCGGACCAAGUACUUUUUUUAUAUAUUGACAGUGUGUGAUAAGUAUAUUAGACAGUUGUUUUAAAAGUCUGUUGUGUGUUUCUGUGCUAAAAGAAAUUAACACAUUGUAAUCGUGUCAUUAUAAUUCAAAGUGCUGCCUUUUUGGUUAGAAGAUGAUUUUAUCGACUUGUAUGUAUGAGAAUCGUUAACAAUAAUGGAGAUGUUUUUUAAUUAUAAAUUCAUACACUGAAAAGCACACUACUUAAAUACUUGUACACGUUGAAAAUAGAGUGUAACGUUAAAUAGUGUAAUACAUCCUCAGAGGAUGUAACCUAAACAACUAGAAGAUAGUGGUUAUGUACUUAAUACUAGUGCGUGACACAAACGGAUAAGUUUGAAUAAAAUAUGACAUACUUAAGAGAUUUUUUUGCGAAAUGUUUGUUUAGAAUAAUCAAGGUUUCCAAUGUACUGCAAAUGCAUGUUUUCAGGGCUUUAAUAAUGUGUAGUAGCAAUCAAAUAUUUGUAAGUUGUUAUUAUACCAUAACACAAAAAAGAGAGUUUAUUUCUUGUCAGAAUGUUAUAAAAUAGUAUUGACAAUUUUCCGAGACCCUCUGAACACAUGUAGUUUGAAUGCUACUAUUUAGACUUUUAAAUACUGUGUCAAUUCAUAGUGAAAUGAUUUUUCUAAUAUGGAAAAUUUUGACAAUCAGAUAAUUUUGUUGUUGUUGUUGAAAGGUCACUUAAAGGCAUUUCUUUAGUAAAUGCAUGUGACUACCUCAAAGAAGGGACUUUCUUAUAGUUGUUCUUAGAAAAUUGUUAAUGCCUAGUUUCACCUAUCAUUGACGAAAUCAUGACAAAUAAUGUGUAAUACACAGUUACACAUGUAUACAAUGCCAAGUUAAUGUUUCAUGAUACUAAUCUGUAUAAAUGUAUGUACCUUCUUUAUUAUUUCAUUAAAGCUUAUUUACUACA